CAAAAAUGGGAUCUAUGUUUUGGGGACUACAGUGUAUCUGCUUACCUAUUACUUUAAAAAGAUUACUUUAGAAAUUAGUGCCUUUGUAUAUCCAUAUAAACCUGCAACAUUUUCAUUGCCUUGGUAUUGAAUUUUGCAGUAGCACAUUUAUUAUUAUUUUUCAAAAAAAGCCGUGUUAAUUUUGUAACAAGAGGGUUAGGCAUUUCAUACUUCACUUCCAAAAAAAAAAAAAAAAAAAAAAGGCAGAAGAAGUGUGUGCAUGAGCAAAGAAGAGAUCACCCUGGAAUUUCUUUGAGGGUGAGAACUGGAGUCAGCCAGCCCCUCCGCUCUCCCUAGUGUCAAGUUUAGCCAGACCACGGAAUUGAGCUGGGAGGUGAUGUGUCUCUGCUGUGUUUGAUGCACCUUUGGAAUGAGGACACCUGCUUCUUUUUUGUCUUGAAGAUGCCUGAAGUUGAGCAGUCUCGCCUGCCCUACUGACACUGAAAAAGUGGGUCAAGACUAUGUUGCUCACAGAUCUUUUGCUUGUGGCUUUUAAAAUCAGUUUGGUCAGUCUGUCAGCUGAGAAGCUCUGGAGCUGUCCCAGAGGAUACCAGAUGCAGAAGGAAAAUUCCUCUUGUGUAGAUCCUGCACCAUUCCUAGUUUUCAGCCAAGGAAAUGCAAUCUUUAGAAUAGACACUGAGGGAACCAAUCACAAAAGACUGGUGGCUGAUGCUAGCUUAUCAACAUUAAUAGAUUUUCAUUAUGAAGAAGAUUGCCUUUAUUGGGUGGACACUGAAGAAGGCCUUAUCCGGCGAGUAUACCUGAAUGGUUCAAAUCAACAGAUAAUUUACCACAUAGAAAAAGAUGUUUCUGGAUUUGCAGUGGAUUGGAUAAACCACAACUUUUACUUUGCUCACUACCAGAAGGCCACAAUUGAGGCAGUUGACAUGGAUGGGAACCAUUCCCAAAUCAUCAUAAAUGAUGGACACCAUCCCACAAGUAUUGUGGUUGAUCCAAACAGAAGGUUUUUAUUUUGGUCCUCUGAAGGAACCACUGACAGCAUCUACAGAGCAGUUCUGAAUGGGAAAGACAUGUGGAGACUUCUGAGGAGCACAGGAAAAAUCAGAAGUAUCUCACUAGAUCUUAUUGAUCUGAAGCUCUUCUGGAUCCAAUAUGAUGCCAGUGAUGAAGUUUCACAUAUUGCAAGCUGUGACUACAAUGCUAGUUCUGUUCAUUUGCACAAAUACAUAGUACGAACCCAACUUUCUGACAUAUUUCUCUUUGCUGACCACAUGUACUAUUCCGACUCAACCACUGGUAGUAUUUGGAGAGCUAAUAAAUAUACAGGAAAAGAUAUAGUUGCAAUUAACCUGCAGCUGUCACUUCUCCCACCUGCUGAAAUACUGGUAGUGCACCCAUUAAAACAGCUCAGCAUAAGGAUGGGUUCUAAAACAUUUGAAAGAAGGCCAUGUCUUUCAACUCGAAAAAGCUGCAAGACAAGUACCUGCAAGCGAGACCCCAGGAGCAGUCGUUGUAAAUGUAUGAGUGGGUUUACCUUAAGCAAAACAAAGCAAUAUUGUGAAGAUGUCAAUGAAUGUGCAUUUUGGAACCAUGGAUGUACUUUAGGUUGUGUCAAUGUCCCAGGCUCCUAUUAUUGUACAUGUCCAAGAAAUUUUGUUCUACUGUCUGACAAGAAAACUUGCCACGAACUAAUUCCCUGUCCAAGCAGUUACAUUCAUUGCAGCCAUGGCUGUGGGCAGACAGUGAAGGGGCCUGUUUGCUUUUGCCCUGAGGGAUCAGUUCUCCAAGCAGAUGGAAGAACAUGCACAGGUUGUUCAUCUCCUGAUAAUGGUGGUUGCAGCCACAUUUGUGUCUCUCUGAGUCCAUUAACUUGGGCAUGUGAUUGCUUUCCUGGCUAUAUUCUCCAGGAGGACAAAAGACACUGUACUGCUGCAGGGCCGAAGCCAUUUCUGUUGUUUGCGCAGAGCCGAGAGAUCCGCCGUAUUGGUUUUGAUGGAACAGAUUACUCAAAUUUACUCGAGUGGCAGAUGGGAAUAGUCUUAGCUCUUGACUAUGACCCUGUUGAAAAUAAGAUUUAUUUUGCUCACACAGCCUUGAAGUGGAUAGAGAGAGCUAAUCUGGAUGGCUCAGAUCGUGAAAAUGUUAUCCGCGAAGCAACGGAGAAACCUGAAGGACUCGCCAUCGACUGGAUUAACCGCAAAUUGUAUUGGACUGACUGGGGGAAGUCCCAAAUUGAAAGUAGCAAUCUGAAUGGAAUGCAGAGGAAAAUAAUUAUCUGGGAAGACGUGUCUCAGCCUCGGGGAAUUGCUGUCCAUCCAUUCACUGAGCAACUAUUUUGGACAGACGUAGGGAUUAAUCCACGGAUUGAAAGGUCUUCCUUACAAGGCUUUGAUCGUCUCAUUAUAGUAGAUUCCGAUUUGCUUUGGCCCAGUGGAAUAACGAUUGACUACUUUGCUGACAAGCUGUACUGGUGUGAUGCAAAAAAGGCUGCUAUUGAGACUUCAAAUCUGGAUGGUUCUGAACGGCAAAUACUCACACAGAAUGAUGUAGGCCAUCCAUUUGACAUAACAGUGUUUGAGGAUCACAUUUGGAUCUCUGACUGGGCAAGGCCUUCGUUGCUGAGAAUGGACAAGAAGACUGGCCUAAAUAGGGUCCGACUUGGAGGGAGCAUGUUGAGACCCUCGUCUUUGAUCGUCAUUCACCCCUUAGCAAAACCAGGUUGCAGAGUCACAUCCAAGGCAGGAGGGCUGACUAACAAGACAUUAUUAGCUCUGAAAACAUGCCACCAGCAUCCUCAGAGUCACAGUUCAUACGGAGAUAGCAGAGGAGAUGCAAAACAGAUGAAACCGAUGCUGACUGCUGAAAUCGUGGUGUCUAACCGGGACAAUUGCAUAUGGUUGGGAUGUGAUAUCAACGCCCAGUGCAUUUUGAAUGAAGAUGGCACUACUUGUCAAUGCCAGGCAGGGUUCAUCAUGGAAGACCAGCUGUGCUAUGAUGUUGAUGAGUGUGCUUUCGACGUGGACACAUGCGAUCGGAGCUUGUCGACGUGUAUCAAUACCGAAGGCAGCUACUUUUGUGAGUGCCUUGUGGGAUAUACGGGAGAUGGGCUUCGCUGCUCUGAACCUGCCAUGUCUCCUACCACUGCAACACAUGAUGAGUCCACCGUAUCUGAGCAAGAAAGUUCUGCUGGCUGCCCUCCAUCUUACUGUCUCCAUGAGGGAGUUUGUGUUUAUUUUUUUGAUCUCCAAGCUUUUGCAUGCAACUGUCCAAAAGGCUACCUGGGAGAGCGCUGCCAGUUCAGUGACUUGGAGUGGUGGGAGCAGCAGCAAGUGAUGCAACGAAACAACCAGAACAUGGUCACUGCAGCUUGCUUGGCCAUGUUGCUCCUGGCCCUCCUCCUUGGAGUUGCCGCUGUCUACUGCUACAGACACAGGAGGCUUUUCAAGAAGGAGCCAUACAUAGAAUCAACACAAGAUACUAGCGGCAGCAGUGCCGACAGCAGGAACAUGAAGCUCCCCAGCAACGAGCCACUGUUCAUUGUAAUGGCAUGUGAUGACAACAGUGAAGGCAGACCCACUGAUGGAACAGACUGUGAUAUGAAAGAUCUUGAUUAUUUCUGCCUUUCAGAACCCUCUUGAGCAAUGGAAGUGUGGUCCACCAGUGCUGGCAAAGGAAGCAACAGGCUUCUCUCUUAGAAUCAAUCUCCAGCUACCUGAGAACCUUUGCCUUGUAAAUCAGAAAAUGAUGUUCAGCUUCUUCAGUGGAACGCCAGCCCUAAACACCGCCAAAAGUGAUCCUCUCUCCACAUCCUCAUACAUAAGGAUGGGCAAAUCUGUCAAGUUUUCCAGUUUGGUUCUCCACAUCAGUUUGCAAAAAGAAAAGAAAAAAGUUGUCAUCAGUAUUUUUGAAUGAAUUUCUUCCACUACACACAUCUUUGUAUGCAGUUUUGACUAAUAUAUCCUUUUUUUUUUACAAAUUACUGCUAAUAUGACAUCUUCGUGCAUUAUAUUUGCUAAUAUAUACAUUUCUAGGCACACUUUACCCCAGUCAUGUAUACGUUUCUGUAGACACCACUUGGCUGGAGAUCUACAUCAGAAAAUUCUCAGAAAUGUGGCUUUCAAAGGCUGGCUGUGUAUCAGUUCCUGUAUUCUUUCAGAAUGCAUGAAUUAGGUAGGUUCACCUUUAAAUGUGAGUUCUGUUUCUCCCCCAUCCCUACUCACACAGCCAUUUAAUGAAAGCAGAUUCAAUAACCUCUCAGCUACGCCUUGUUAUGUAACUGGAAUGUGUGAUCUUUCAAAAGAACUACUUUAUGAAAAUUAAUUUGCAUGUAUGUAUAACAAAGGUGACAAUAUUAUCCCCCAACCCUGUCCUCAAAAGUACUUUUCUAUAUAUGAAGUUGGCCAGCAUUUUUAAUGCAGGGAAAAAUAGUUUUCUGGAAAGGAAAAUAAUGCAACUUUGGAAGGAUUUCCAAAGAGGUUGGAAGGCUGCAUUUGAAGAUGGGAGAUUCACAUAUUACAUGCCCCAACUCCAAAACAACAAUCCUGGAUGAAGUAUUAGGGCUGGAUUGCAGGUUCUUCAUCUCUGCCUUAUUGAAAUGAAUAUGAGUUUUUGAGCUGAAGAUAUUAGAAAAGCUUUUUGUACUUGUCCUGACUAUCAUUUAUCAACCCUAUACAUAGUUGAUCACAUGGCAUUGAUUAGGAGGCAAAGGGCUGGCAUCUCCCUGCCUUGUACUCAUCAAGCACAUUCAGGCUGAAAUGGAAGGAACCAUUUAUCUUCCAGCAACCACUUUUCUGAGGCCAACGCUGGGAAUUCUGGUUCUAUAUAUCAUGCACACAGCAGAGAGAGAAGGGGCCAUAGGGAUCUGUUGAAUGGCAAAAGCCUGCUCCAGUGCCUACAACAAAAGGUUAGUCUAAACCUGGAGCAAAAUCAAUCUUGGAAUUGAUUUUGAAUAGAGCUACUUCAUCUAUAUUUCCUCUGUGAAAUCUACAAAACAGAUUGCAUAAAAAUGCAGAGGAUUUAUAUUUAUGAUUUACAUACAUAUAUUUCCAGAUUAUAGUUCAGGGCAUAAUUAGAACUAAGAGAUUUAGGAAAGUUGGGCUGCAAUCCUAUUCUCACUUACCUAUUCUCACUUACCUAUUCUCACUUACCUGGGAGUAAAUCCUUUUGAAGACAGUGAGACUUACAGAGCAAUCCAAGCUAUAGGAAACCAGCAUAAUUUGUGCCUAGGGCAGAUUAUGUUGGUGUAAUUUACCCCCAUUCCAAACGCCAGCCACUAGGUAAUGCUACCCAACUCAAAAGCUUGCUCGCUAUUUUUGUGAUCUUUUGGUUCGUAUUGAUAAAGAUAUUUCAUUACUGUGGAUUUUAAAUGCUACAGUUCAAUAACUGAAAGCACUCAUAUAUAUGCUAAAAACGUUUGUACAACUUAUCUGCUUUAAAUGUUAUUGAAAUAAAUGGAACUGUUGAUGAA